ACAUCCCUUCAUCACUACAAGUGCUCUCUUCUAUAGCUUCUAUUAGCAAGCUAGAAGGCACUGUAACUACUAAAUUCAAAGAAAGCCAUUAGCGUUUGAGAGAAAUGGCUCCCAAAAGAACCACAUCUCUUGCUCUCUUUCUUGCAUUCAACCUUCUCUUCUUUUCCCUAGCCACUGCUUGUGGAGGUGGUUGCCCCUCUCCUAAUCCUAAACCAAAGCGCCCAAACCCGAACCCGAACCCGAACCCGAACCCGAACCCAACACCAAGCCCUUCCAGUGGAAAGUGCCCUAAGGAUGCACUUAAAUUAGGUGUGUGCGCUGACUUGCUCGGUUCAUUACUUAACGUCACCAUUGGCUCACCCCCAGUAAAACCUUGCUGCAGUGUCAUUCAAGGCCUUCUUGAUCUCGAGGCUGCUAUUUGUCUUUGCACUGCCAUCAAAGCUAACAUCUUGGGCAUCAACCUUAACAUCCCAAUUUCCCUAAGCUUGCUUAUCAAUGUCUGUGGAAAGAAGGUUCCCAAAGACUUCCAAUGUCCUUAAAUAUAUUUAUAUCUCUCCAUCAUGGUUUUAUUACAGUGUCAUUUUGCAUGUUCUGAAGUAUGAUUUUCUAUUAAGAAUUGUGUGAUGUAAGGAAAACAGCUGCUUGUUUUCGCUUGUUACGUGCUUUUCUCUUUUAUUCAGUUUCCACGAAUAAGUUUAGUUUUCCUUGAUGAUUUCCAAUGUAUUAAUUUUUAUACCAAAUGAAUGUUUCUGUUAGUAGUUGAUGGUCGUGAUUGAAAUCCAAUGUUGUCCAAUCUUCUGUUAAAA